AUCUUCAAAACAAUCUGCCAUUCAUUUGAGUUUACUGAAACAUUUUCUCUCUUUUUGAAUGAACUGCGGGGAAAUUAAGCCUCUGUGUGGCUCCUGUCCCACAUGGAAGUGAGGAAGGAAUAUGUAGGAUAUGUAUGAGGGAUGGCAUCUCAAGUUGCCAAGAACAAAGAAAUGUACAUCACGAGAAAGUGUCAUUAGUAAUUCACUGGGAUGGAAAAAGUCAUCAGAGAUAUUCAGCCGUUAUACAGAUUAGGGAGGAAUUUGGUCAAAGUAGAUUGUGUCAAGAGAUAAGGACAAGACAAUGGCCUGUAGGAAUACUUUUUGAAGAAGAAAAAUUUACAAAGACAGAAAAGAAAAGAAAAAAAUAUAUAUAUUUCCACACAAAUAUAUAUCUAUAUAUAUUUAAGUUUCCUUGACUUGAAACCCUGAUCAUCGUCAUGGCUUCUUCGAGUGAUGUUGAAAGCGGACAGCCUUGCCUUCCGCCAAACCCACCUCCUCGUCCAAGAGCCUGCCUCCACCACCAGCACCACCAACACCACCACCAUCACCACAGCCAUGACUGCGAGGAGGAAAUGACCCCUAAGCAGAAGGCAGACUUUGCUGUGAUAAAAUUCGUAGCAGGCCUUGUGCUCAUUGUGAUGCGGAAGUUUUGGUUCACUUCAGCAGCAGUAAUGCUGGGUAUAUUCGUCCUCUUCUGGCUGUAUGGAGGGUGUCUUGCCUUGCUUCUCACACUGAUUGCAUUCUCAGGGAUUGUAUACCAGAUCAGUGAUCAGCUGGUGUACUGGCCCAACUUUCCCCCAGAUUCACGUGUGCUGGUCCAGCCCCCCUCAUCCAUGGGCCUUCCUGCGGAAAAUUUGUAUCUUUAUGCACGUGAUGGGACCAAACUACAUGCAGUAUUUGUCAAGCAAGCUUCUGGUGCUGUGAAGUCUGCGCCAACAUUUAUUUAUUUCCAUGGCAAUGCUGGAAACCUAGGGCAUAGGUUAAGCAAUGUGUACGAAAUGUAUCGAUGGCUGCAUGUGAACCUUCUCCUGUUAGAGUACCGUGGCUACGGCCUGAGUGAAGGCUCACCUUCUGAAGAGGGCCUGUACCCUAGAUGCACGGCAGCUAUUAACUACCUCAAAACCAGAUCUGAUAUAGACCAAAACAAGAUUAUAAUAUUUGGUAGAUCCUUAGGUGGUGCUGUAGCUGUAGAUUGUGUUAGUAGGUCAGAAAUCAGCAGUCGGGUUGCGGCCGUGAUCCUAGAGAACACCUUCACUUCCAUCCCAGAUAUGGCCAAGGUCCUCUUCUCUAAUGUUAAGUUCCUGGCGAAGUUGCAGUGGUGUCACAAGAAUAAGUACCUGUCAAAAUACAAGAUGUGCAGAGUGGUUGUGCCAACAUUAUUCCUCUCAGGCCAGGCAGACUCAUUGGUACCUCCACGUAUGAUGAUGGAGUUGUACCACUGUUGUGCAUCACCGGCCAAGCGUCUCAUGCAGUUCACACAGGGCUCGCAUAAUGAAACCUGGAAGUGUCCUGGGUAUUAUCAGGUGUUGCUUCAUUUCCUUGAUGAGCUAUUCCAGAGGACCACUCAGCCUCCUGUUCUCCUGCCCGGUGUUGUGUGUUUUUCGGAACCUCAGAUUCUCUAGCAUUCUUCAGGCCCCUUUUUCAUCAUGUUGGUCACAUAAGCUCUCAUAAACAUUACCCUCAUUGGUUGCAUGAUUCAUCUUCGCUAGAAAGAGAUGGGGAAGGAUGUUUUGUUUGUGGAGGUUUUCAUUUUAAGAUACUGAAAAUAGGAAAUGGGACAAUGAUGUAUGCAUGUGCAGUAUUUUGACGGUGGUUCUGUGCCCGGUGUGAAUUAUAUAAAUUAUUGUGAAAUGUUUAUUUCUCUUGUGUUUGUACUGACUCUUUUAUGCAGUGUUAACAUACAACAGAAAUUAAUUUUCAGUGUAUGUUUUUUUUUUUUUUUUU